UGUCCUUAACUGUACCAAGUUCAGCGCAGAAAAAUCCUAUAACAAGCGGUUCAAGAGAAUACUAGACUUGAAUACUAAUUCCACUUAGCAAAGACAAAAAUAUUGUGAGAUCGAUAACCCUAUAAUUUGCACUUUAGGUUUCUUGAUAAUAAUGGAUACAGACGUGGAGAUGGUUCCCGCAAGUGACGAAUCCAACGUGGCAGCAGCAUCUGCUCCAUCUUCUUCCACUAAGAAACCUAAGCGUUUUGAGAUCAAGAAGUGGAACGCUGUCGCUCUUUGGGCUUGGGAUAUUGUAGUAGAUAACUGUGCUAUUUGCAGGAAUCAUAUUAUGGAUCUAUGUAUUGAGUGCCAAGCUAAUCAAGCUAGUGCUACGAGUGAGGAGUGCACUGUUGCUUGGGGUGUAUGCAACCAUGCGUUCCACUUUCAUUGCAUCAGUCGCUGGCUCAAAACCCGUCAAGUGUGUCCAUUAGAUAAUAGUGAGUGGGAAUUUCAGAAGUAUGGUCACUAGAGGAUUCAACAAGUGGCAGGAGAGGCUAUUACGCCGUUGCAGUAUAAUGUCUUUGACUGUUAGUUUGUUCUAGUAAUACUUGUUUAAAGUGCCUUUUGUUCCGAGUCUGCUUCGACCAUCUGGUAGGAUUUUAUUAGAGAGCUUUGUGAUUCUGGUGUUCACAUUACUGAAGUCAAAUUUGUCCAUGUUGAUUAUACUGUUUGGAAAAACCAUCAACCAGAACCACUAGCAUUCUGGCAGCCAAUGUUAUUUUACUUUCAAUAGAUGCUAAUAUUGUAUUUUCUUAUUCCUCUAAAGUUGUUUACAGAAUCUUUUGUCAUU